CCAAAUCAAAAUCUCUAUUUUUUUUGUUAAUUUUCAAAAUUUUCAUCCUCUUAAUUUUAUAAUGUACUUGCUCCCCUGUUCAGACCUCUGCUCCACUCUUUUUUGGGCUGCGGUUCUCGAUAUGGUGGUACACUCGUUUCCCAGUCCAGAAAAUUAAACUAAUAAUUAACCAUUUGUCCAUUUACAGAGAGAACAGCAGAGCACCCUCCAUUAAUAUUCCAAGCAGCUUUCCUUUCCCCACUCUUUUCAACCCCAACAGCAAAACAAGCUAAAAAACAGAGCAUAAGAAAAAAACAGAGUGAUAGAGUAACUGCAAGUUGGGAAAAAGAAGACAAUGGCUUCUGCUGUUUCUUCAGCAAUUUCCCUCCUCUUCUUCUUCUUGUUCUCCAUUCCUGUUUUCGUUUUGGUAGUGGUUCAUGGAACCACCAUCUCCGAGGAGCUAAGUUCGCUGCUGGAAGUGAAAUCAGCUUUGGACCCUGAAGGAAAGUACCUUUCUUCGUGGACCAUCAAUGGCGACCCGUGCGGCGGCUCUUUCGAAGGAGUUGGGUGCAAUGAGAAAGGUCAGGUUGCUAACAUUUCGCUACAGGGGAAAGGGCUUCAUGGGAAGAUAUCCCCUGCCAUUUCUGGAUUGAAGAAUUUGACUGGUCUCUACUUGCAUUACAACUCCCUGUACGGCGAAAUCCCUUCAGAGAUUGGGAACUUGACCGAGCUCGUUGACUUGUACUUGAAUGUCAACAAUCUCUCCGGUGAAAUCCCUCUUCAGAUUGGCAACUUGGCUAAACUCCAAGUGUUGCAGCUGUGUUACAACCAGUUUAAUGGAAGCGUACCCAUCCAGAUAGGUUCAUUGAACAAGCUAACCGUUCUCGCCCUUCAGUCAAAUCGAUUUAAUGGCGCCAUCCCAGCAAGCCUAGGCAAUCUAGGGAUGCUAACCCGCCUAGAUUUGAGCUUCAACCAUUUCUUCGGCUCAAUCCCAACGAAGCUCGCCGAUGCUCCUGUUCUCCAACUUCUAGACAUCCGUAACAACACUUUCUCCGGCAAUGUCCCUCUCGCUCUCAAGAGACUCAAUGAGGGUUUCGUAUUUGCAAACAACCCGGGACUAUGCGGGUCGGGUUUCAUGUCUUUGAGACCUUGCAAUGCCUCAGAAGGAACCAAUUCAAAUAGACCAGAAGCUUAUGGACCAGGAGAUGGGAUUCCAAGUACAAGGGAAAUCCCUCAAACAGCCGAUUUAAGACUCCCUUGCAGCCAAAAUCAAACUCACUGCUCCUCAAAUCCAGCAACCCACCACCAUCAAGCAGCCUCAUUCAUCGUGGGCUCAAUCGUUCUCACCAUAGCAGUGCUAGCCAUUUCAGCACUCUCAUUCAUUCACUACCGCCGCCGCAAGCAGAAGCUCUCAAGCACAUUCGAGCUGUCAAAUCCCCCUACUGAUCAGCAAUCAAAGGGAGGGAUUUACAGGAAAAACGGCUCCCCACUAAUCAGCCUGGAGUAUCCCAACGGUUGGGACCCUCUUGCUGAUGGCAAGAACUGUGGGAAUGGCUCCCAGGACUUUCUUGAGAGCUUCAAGUUCAACUUGGAGGAAGUGGAAACUGCAACGCAGUACUUCUCCGAGACGAACUUGCUUGGGAAGUCGAAGUUUAGUGUGACGUACAGAGGGAUUCUGAGAGAUGGAUCCGGUGUGGCGAUCAAGAGCAUUAGCAAGAGCAGCUGCAGGUCGGAUGAGGCUGAGUUUCUGAGAGGGUUGAGUGCUUUGACAUUGUUGAGGCAUGAGAAUUUGGUGAGGUUUAGAGGCUUCUGCUGCUCGAGAGGGCGCGGGGAGUGCUUCCUGAUCUAUGAUUAUGUUCCUAACGGCAACUUGUUGAGCUAUCUGGAUGUCGAGGAAGGUGGUGGCCGUGUUCUUGAAUGGUCCACCAGAGUCUCCAUUGUUAAGGGCAUCGCCAAAGGCAUAGCUUACUUGCACGGCUACAAAGCCAACAAACCGUCCAUGAUCCACCAGAACAUCACAGCCGAAAAGGUCCUAAUUGAUCAGAGGUUCAACCCGGUGUUAGCCGAUUCAGGCCUGCAGAACCUCCUCACAAAUGACACUGUCUUCUCGGCACUGAAAGCCAGCGCGGCAAUGGGUUACAUGGCUCCAGAGUACUCCACUACAGGUCGGUUUACGGACAAGAGUGACGUGUAUGCCUAUGGGGUGAUCGUGUUCCAGAUCCUCUCGGGAAAGCGCAACGUUUCCAACCUGGUGCGGUUGGGAGCUGAGGCAUGUAGGUUCCAGGAUUACCUUGACCCAAAUGUCCAUGGACGGUUCUUCGAAUACGAAGCUGCCAAGCUUGCUAGGGUUGCUUGGCUUUGUACCCAUGAGUCUCCUAUUGAGAGACCUUCUAUGGAGGUUGUUGUUCAGGAAUUAGGUAACUUCAGUAGCUGCAUUUAAGCUUAGGUCUAGCUUUGCAGGUGUACGGUCCUUUUUCUUCUAACUUAGGGGAGGAUGAAAGUAAGAUCUUGUCACUAUUAAUCUCAAAUUUUCAAAUUGCUUGAAGGCUACCUUCUUGUAGCCUUGAAGCCAGAAGGAGAUGGUGGCAGGUUUAGAGGAUUAGGAGAAAGGCUAAUUAGUAUCAUGGGAUGAUGGUUAACUCCAGCCAUCAUAGAAACUUUGCAGCUUUGUAAUCUGUAGUUUCACUUCAUCCCCCGUUGAUUAGUGUCCAACUGGACUCUUGUUGUAAUGUAGUUUUGUAGUUAGAUUAUUUGCUGCCUGUUGGUCUAGUGAUCGCGGAUUUCUGUCUUUUGUGGAAAAAUCAGUGGAAUGAUUCUGAAAUUCCUUUGUAGGUGAUUUUGAUUUCUGAGGGGAUUCAUGAUAUGAUGAACCAAAGAGACAAUUAGUAAGCAACAUUCAUGUAA